AUGGGAGGGUCUAAAGUGAACGUUAUUAGUGCUUACGUUCUGCAAGGAGGUUUGGAUGAGGAGGAGAAGAAGAGCUUUUGGGAAGAGAAAGGAUGGGUUCAGAAGUUGUAUAAGCUUGCCAAGGACAUGGAGCGGAGGGAUCGUGACCUUGAACAAAUGAAGUGCAUCAAGGGUGAGGAUGGUACUGUGUUGGUCGAGGAUGCCUUCAUUAGGAAGAGGUGGCAGUCCUAUUUUCAUAAACUUUUGAAUGACGAUGGGGGCAAAGGUUUCGUGUUGGAGGACUUGGAGAAAUCUGAGGAGUGUCGCAACUAUGGUUAUUGUAGGCAUAUCGAGGUUGAGGAGGUCAAGAGGGUUAUUCGCAGGAUGUGUCAUAGGGCGAUGGGGCCCGACGAGAUUCCAGUGGAUUUUUGGAACGCACUGGUGGGGCAAGUUUGGAGUGGUUGA